AUGCGGGCAGAGCAGAAAUAAGCAUUGCCGACCGGGCCGAGUUUGGAUGAAAAGGGAUGUUGAAGAGAAGUGCAGAGGGGCUGUUCGGUGUUGUUGUCGAUGUUAUGUAAUCCAUGACUGAUCACUUAUCCUGCAAUCAUCGUAUAAGAUACAAACCAUCCCGAACACCUAGUCCUCCCCUCCACCAUCACAACAGCCAUGCCGUUCUUCUCGACCGACUCCACAAAGAUCUUCUACACCACCGGCGGCUCGCCCUCGAACCCCGCCGUCGUCUUCAUCCACGGCCUCGGCUCCUCCCAGAACUACUUCUACUCCCAGUUCGAAGCCCUUUCUUCCACCCACCAUGUCAUCCUCCUCGACACCCCCGGCAGCGGCCAGUCGCCCACUCCCGCAGGCCCGCCAUCGGCCCUCCUGCUCGUCUCUGAGAUCAGCGCGCUGAUGGACCACUUGAACGUCCCCUCCGCCAUCGUCGUAGGCCACUCCCUCGGCGGCCUGCUCGCCUCUCUCCUCGCCGUCGAGUUCCCCAACAAGGUCGCCGGCCUCGUCCUCCUCGGCCCCGUGCACCCGUCCGACGCUCUCGCGGCCGCGUUCGAGACCCGCGUAAAGACAAUCGAGCAAACCGACUUCUCGCUCGAGGCAAUCUACAACGCCGUCCCGCUCGCCGCCACAGGAACGCUGAGCCGGUCAAAGUCCUCGCUCGUGCACGGCUUCAUCCGCGAACUCGUCUCGCGCCAGGAUCCGAGGGGGUAUAUCGCUACCUGCACUGUGAUUGCUACCGCGCCGGUUCCGGAGUUUGCGAAGUUGGACAAGAAACCGCCGGCGAUUGUGCUCGUGGGCGAGGAGGACAAGACUGCGCCGUACGAGGGAUGCGUCGAUAAGAUCGCGACCGGACUAGAAGCUGAGGUCAGGUUCUUGGAAGGAGUCGGCCAUUGGCAUGCGCUAGAAGACCCAGAGGCGGUUCUUGAUGCAAUUCUUUCUAUAAAGAUCUAGAUUUUAAUGUACAUAUCUCUCUUACUCCUUACUUAGUCUCUGUGACGAUACAGUUCUUAGACCAGCAGCUGUUGUAAGCAAUGAGCAUACUCUGAUAGAGCUGAUUAUGUUAUACUAUAACAUAAUGCAGACACAAUACAAACACAACAUAGAC